AUGAUGUACCGCACGGCCGGCACCCCUCGGGCUUGGCUCGAGAAGUUCUUGCGCGACAAGAACAUCGCCCCCGCCGACCGCGUCGCACAUCGGCCGCUGGUGGAGGCGCUCGAAGAGGCCGGGUGCUUCGACCAGGUCAACCUGGGGGGGUUGGCCUGCCUGGAGGUGAUCGUGCGCCGGCUCAACGCGAUCGUGGACGCCUACAAGCGCGCGGGUGCCCCCUCGUUCGCCAACGCCAGGUACUUGGCUCCUCUGGGCGAGGCGGACGAGCUGAUGGCGCCCUCGCUGAGGAACCACGUCUCCCGCCGCGCCAAGGAGGACUGGGAGGUCGAGCAGUCUAUGAAGAAGGCCGAGGCGGUGGAUGCUCGUGUGGCCGCCCACCAUGGCGCAGAGGGUGCCACCACAGGGGCCGGCGGCGGGGACAAGGGGUCGCACCCCAGGGCUCCCCCCGCCGGUCCAGUCAUGACCGAGAAGGCACAGCCGGGGGAGUGGGUGGAAUUGGUGAAUCGCGCCCUCCGCAGCUUGAACUGGCUGGCGGGCUUCAAGGGCGCGGUCGCUUCACCGAGUCCAGGCGCGUCAACCCUGGACAAGCAUGCAGCCCUUCAGCAGCACCUGCUCCGUGAGGCUCAUCGGCGUCAGGCCGCAGCUCCGGAGGUGAUGCCGAAGGCGGAGGCAGCCCUGCGGGAGCUGCUCCGGGGGCAGUCCGUAUACGAGACGGACUCUGCCCCAAGGAACCUCGUCUCCUACCAGCCCGGCAAGGUCUCGCUGCCUGAUAGCGUGCUGGACUGCCGCUUCAUCGAGGACAUCGUGAGCCCUGGGUGCCGCUCUUUUCUGGAGGAGAAUCACAAGCGAAUGAGGUUGGAGCCGGAGACAGUGGACUUCGACAGCAUGCCGCGGUUGUACAUGGACCCAGUGCUGAAGAGGAAUUCUAAAUCUUAUCGCACCUUCUUGCGAGAUCUCGCUGGAAGGGGACUUCUAGGAGUGACCACCAGACCCGCCGAGUCAGUGGGCCUGUUUUUCGUGGCCAAGUCGAACGGGGCUCAACGUAUGAUAAUUGACGCCAGGCGAAGCAACGGCCAUUUCAGAACGCCGCCAGGCGUGCAGCUCCUCAGUAGCGAGGGGUUCGGCCGGAUCGAGGUAGAGUUGCCGCCGGGCGUCUUGCCCUCGUCAGUUGAAGGGCAAAGGCUUCUGGACGCUUUCACUGUCUACGUGGCCACCACCGACGUGAAGGACUGCUUCUACCGCAUGCGCGUCCGCGAGGACCUCGGCCGCUACUUCUGCCUUCCCGCCGUCCCGAAGCACGUGUUCGACGGGAUUCAGGUGACCGGCGCCCCUGGGGAUGCCCCGCCGGACGCCCCUGUGCGGCCCUACCUUGCCGUGCUUCCGAUGGGGUUCACGUGGUCGCUGUACCUGGCCCAGGCCGCGAAUGAGGACAGGGUGUGUCGAAGCCCCAGCCUGUGCAGGGCAAUGCCAGCCGGCAGACAACAGCCCUUGAUUCAGGACCAGGCCGAGGCGUUCGUGUUGCGGGCCGCCUCACGCGGGGUCGGAGGGGCUUACGUGCGCGUGGGCAACCUUGGCGCCGUCUCGGACGAUGCCGACCUCAGUGACAGGAUGGUCUCCGAGUGGAGCGAUCUGUUCGAGCCGGUCGGCCUGGCGCUCCACAAGUCGGAGUCCCACGGCGGCGCAGGUGAGGCUCUCGGCACGGAGCUCGACGGCACCCGCCUCCGCUCGGGGAUCACCUCGAGCCGGUUUUGGAAGCUCGAGCGGGGCCUGACUGGCCUCCUCGCUCGGGGCCGCUGCAGCGGCCAGGCGCUUGAAAAAGUGAUCGGACAUUGCACAUUCUGCGGUCUGGCUGCCCGUGAGUCCCUUUCUAUCUUCCACACCGUCUAUAAGUUCAUUUCGGUCCAGUAUUUUGACGUGGGCUCGAUGUGGCCCGAAGUGGUCGAGGAGCUCGUAGCCUUUAGAGGGGUCCUUUUGUUUCUGGGCCGCGACUGGUGGCUGCCGUGGAACCCCUGCGUUUUGGAAACCGACGCCAGCCUAGCGGGCUGGGCGAUGGCCCAAAGCUUCUGGGAGCCGUCCCAGGUCGCCAGCGUCGGUCGUGUCAGUGAGCGUUCCCGUUUCAAGCGCGUCGGGGCUCACUCCGCUCGGGAAUCCGCGCUCACCUCGGCCCACCUCUUCCGCGACGAGUCAGGCUCGGCCUGGAAAACCGUCCGGAAGGGGGUCUGGGGCCUUAGCGAGGGCAUUCUGGUGCUGGAGGCCCGGGCCUUAGUGAAGGACUUCAAGCUCCUAGUUCAGAUUCGGCGCUUCAACGCCUAUGCCCUUGCCCUUGGCAUCGCCCCGUAUUUUAGGUGGAUCCCCUCGGAGUUUAACCAGAGCGAUUCUGUCCCGACGGAUGCGCGCGCGGGCUCUGCGGCCGCCGCGGGCGCCACCGCGGGCGAGUCCCCCGGCGUCGUCGCGGGUUCUGCCGCGGCCUGGCGUCGGCCCGCCGCCCUGCCGGAGAGAUCCGCCGACAGUGAAGGCGAGGUCGAGAGUGCUGGAGAGGCCCCAGGUGGCGACGGACACGCACGCAUGGAGAGCCGCCCUCGCCAGACGCCGGCGCCGCCCUCUGUGACGCUCGAGGACCUCGCUCCCGCGGACGACGCCGGCGACGACGUGGCGGGCGCCGGGGAGGGAGACGAGUCGAGUGGGUCCGACAGCUUAGUGAACCACGCGACUGCGGCCGCAAGGAGGUCUCGGCGCCUCCAGGACUCCCGACGCCGGCGCCGUGCGGCACUUUACACGGACAUGAUUAUGCAGACCGCAGCUGGCGGGCCCACCUUGCUGGAGCGACUGGCAGUGACUCGCCGGGCGAGGAAACGCUAUGCCAAAUAUCUCGAUCGUUUCUACUUGCAUGCCGACCUGACCGACGACGAGCUCGUGAGGAGCUCGGACGAGACCGUGGAUCGUUGGGUGUGCGACUACUUCACCGCGAUGUACCUGUCCGGGGAGCAGAGCAGCCUGGGAGACCAGACUGGUGCCGCCCUCAUCGACCGACACCCGGCCUUUGGCCGACGGGGUGGAAGAGCCUUGCCGCGGACGUGGCGAGCGCUCAAGGCGUGGAGGCGGCUGACGCCCUCGCGCACCCGCCGAGCGCUGCCGCUCGCCGUGUGGUCGGCAGUGAUGUGGCGUCUGGUGGACAAGGGCCUCCCAUUCAUGGCCCUGUUCCUCGCCGUAGGCCUCUCUGCCUACUCGAGGCCCUCUUCUCUGCUGGCAGCUCGGAAGUGCGACCUGGUCCCGCCUUCGCGUGCUACAGUGGACAGCUGGAGCCUCCUAACGCACCCAGAGGAGGAGGGCCGACCGAGCAAGACGAAUCGCUACGACGAGGGCUGCCUCCUGGACUCGAGCUACCUUCGGGGGCUGGGUCCGCUGUUCGCCGAGCUCCGAGGGCACGGAGACAGGACCAAGCUGUGGCCCUUCACGUACCUGGAGCUCUCGCAAGCGGUGCAGCUAGCGGCGGCCGAGAUCGGGGCUGGCAAACUGACACUGUACCAACUCCGCCACUCAGGCGCGAGCAUCGACGCCAGCAGACGCACUCGCAGCCUAGAGGAGAUUCGGAGGCGCGGCUGCUGGGCUCAGGCGAAAAGCAUGCACCGUUACGAGCACAGCAGCCGCCUGAGCGCCGAGUACGAGCGCUUUCCCGCGGACCAGAGGCGCCUGUACGAGGCGUGCGAGGUCCACCUGAUGAGGAUCAUGCUCGGCCAUGCUCACCCAGUCCGGUUCAGCCAUCGAAUGCUGACCUGGCAGUCGCGCGUGCCAAGCUGA